AUGCCCUUCUUUAUACAGAAGCUGUCUCUGGGCACCAGUGUGUUUCCUGAAAAUCAGCUACAGACUGCCGACGUCCAUAAGUGGAUCAUGCUGCACUACAGUCCCUUGAAAGCAGCAUGGGAUUGGGUCAUCCUGCUGCUGGUGCUCUACACUGCAAUCUUCACCCCCUAUUCAGCGGCAUUCCUCCUGAACGAGCUGGCAGAGAAACGGCGGCACUUCUGCAGUUACGCCUGCAGCCCACUCAGCAUUGUGGAUGCCGUUGUGGAUGUUCUAUUCAUGGUGGACAUUGUGAUUAGCUUUCGCACCACAUAUGUCAAUCAUAAUGAUGAGGUGGUAACACAUCCGAAACUCAUUGCCAUCCAUUACAUCAAAGGCUGGUUUCUUAUUGACAUGGUGGCUGCCCUUCCUUUUGACCUGCUCAUCUUUAAAUCCGGGUCAGAUGAGACGACAACCACCCUGAUUGGUCUCCUGAAAACUGCACGACUGCUCCGAUUGGUCCGUGUGGCUCGGAAGUUAGAUCGGUACUCGGAGUAUGGAGCUGCAGUCCUAUUCUUGCUCAUGUGCACAUUUGUGCUUAUUGCUCAUUGGCUGGCAUGCAUCUGGUAUGCUAUUGGCCAUGUUGAGAGGCCCUACAUGAAAACAGGCUGGUUGGAUAACCUUGCUGAUCAACUGGGGAAGUAUUAUAAUGACAGUGAUUCCACCUCAGGACCUUCUAUAAAGGAUAUGUAUGUUACUGCCCUGUAUUUCACCUUCAGCAGCUUGACCAGUGUGGGUUUUGGGAAUGUUUCACCAAAUACCAACUCUGAAAAGAUCUUCUCCAUCUGUGUUAUGCUUAUUGGCUCACUCAUGUAUGCCAGCAUAUUUGGAAAUGUCUCAGCAAUUAUACAGCGACUUUAUUCUGGAACCACGCGGUACCACACGCAGUUGCUGAGGGUAAAAGAGUUCAUCCGUUUCCAUCAUAUACCACCAGGCCUAAGGCAGAGGCUGGAAGAGUAUUUCCAGCACGCUUGGUCCUACACCAACGGCAUUGAUAUGAAUGCAGUUUUGAAAGGUUUUCCUGAAUGCCUACAGGCUGAUAUUUGUCUGCACUUGAACCGCAACCUGCUAGAAAACUGCAAGGCCUUCAAAGGAGCCAGUAAAGCCUGCCUAAGAGCCCUUGCCGUGCGGUUAAAAACCACCCACUCCCCACCAGGGGACACUCUCUACCAUCAUGGCGAUAUUCUCCAUACCUUGUACUUUAUCUCACAUGGCUCAAUUCAGGUGUCCUGCAGUGAUGUUGUGCUUGCUAUACUGGGCAAGAACAAUAUCUUUGGUGAGCCCAUUUACCUGUACACAGAACCUGGCCACUCCAAUGCUGAUGUGAGGACACUCACCUAUUCUGAUCUCCAUCAAAUCCAAAGAGAUGAUCUCUUGGAGGUCCUAGAUAUGUACCCAGACUUUGCUGAAAGUUUCUGGAGGAAUCUGGAGAUCACCUUCAACCUCAGAGAAGUAGAUCAGGUCCUUCACACUCUACACAAUGAAGAUAAUAGCUGCCAUUACCAUAUUAAUCACCCAAGAUGUCAAAAGAACUCACUGGAGGGACGCAACAGGCCAGAUGGAAUGGAUCAAGAUGAUUCCUAUUCAGUUCAAACAUGUACCGGCCUGGGUGAUCACUGCUUUGCUGGCUCUCACUGGGAUGAGAAGUGUAGCUGUGACUCCUCCAUAACACAAUCAAGUGAGAACAUCAACAAACCACCACUUUCCCACAGCCAGGUCUACACCCCUGAAGGAAACCCCCAGGAAUACCCUUCGUCUGCCUUAAGGGUGAUUCCACCCAACAGCAAAACUGGGUCGGGCAGAGGAGCUCAUCUUUCUGGUUUGUACCAUUACUGGCCAGAUCACUGGCCCGCUCAGUUUGCAGAACAUCCCUGCAGAUCCUCUUCCAUCCAAGUCUCAAGUCACCCAACUCCAUUUGAUGAAGAGUGUCCCAGUGAGCUUGAAUCAAGACUUGAGUUACUGCAAAGUCAGCUUAACAGACUGGAGGCAAGAAUGACUGCAGACAUUAACAUGAUUCUUCAGCUCCUACAGAGACAGAUUACACCUGUUCCCCCAGCAUAUAGCUCUGUAUCACCUAAUAGCCACUGCACAGACCCCUCCUUCCUGUAUGAACGUAGUGGACAAGUGCUCUACAACCUGUUGCCCAUUCAAAUGGAGACCAGAACUACCAUGAUCCAGAGCACGAUCAGGCCUGAUCCAGAGUUCACACCAAAGUCUUUGGAUUCUCAGCUAAGCAGCAUCCAUAUGAUGACAACAGAAAAGUAUCAACACAGCACCAGACAUAGCUUAAAGACACCACCCAAUGUAACCCCCACUUUCCAGGCAGCACCCCCUGUGAUGGAUACAACACAGCUUCACACUUCUCUGAGGUUCUCCUCGUUGCCAGAUAAUUUAGACUCCUUGUUAGCCCUGGCUGAAAUCCCUAAACAUGUAUCCGACCCCGUCUUAGCCAUUAAUCCCAGACUGCCAAGAAAAUAAUGUCCAAAAUCAACAAAUCUAAUGGCAACUGAGCAUUAUCUGAGGUUUUUCUUUAAUAUCUAUAAGCAGAGCAUCAAUGGAGAAAAACAAAUGAAAGUUUCAUCAAAAUGUAAGCUAUGUUUGUAAAGAAGGGAAUACCAGGGACAGAAAAAAAGGUAAACAUUCCCCCUAGGUAAACACUGCACUGCAUUAUUUUAACAUUUUGCAUUACAGCCAUUGCAAUGUAUCUGAGCUUACAUUUAGGCAGAAAAUUGAGACGAUUUUGUUGAAAAUUGACCAAGGAUGGCUAAGCAGUAUAAGUUGAACACUGAAUUAAAACUUGGUUUGCUUUCAUUCAGAGAGACUGAGAAAUUGAUGGACUGCUAAUCUGAGACUGCUUUAGGUUUGAUGACCUUCAGAUAUCAGAGGAUUAGACAGCAGCUAUCAAGUUAUGUAUGCUAACUCAAUUAAGCUGCUAGAUAGUUUAGUACUGUAAUUAUUGCAUGCUUUAUUAUUGUGGUCAACUAUAUUUUUUUUGUAGUUUCAAUCUCGCUUUCUUUCAAUUUCUUGCAUUUGUCUUUUGUUUAAUUUUACUAAAUGUACUAUAUUAUGUAAGUGGAUAGUUUUGUAAUAUUCUUAAUAAACUUUCUUUCUUAAUCUUACUUUCUUCCUUCCAUCCAUCUCUCCACAUAUCCCUCCCUCCCUCGAUUUGGUUUUCUCUCAUAAUUUAUUUGCUUAUUUUCUAUCCAUCUCAAUUACUUUCUUCCUUUUAUAUUUUCAUUUCUUUCAUUCAUUUCCUUAUUCUUACUUUUUAUUCCUAUAUUUCCUUUUCUCUAUUCAUUCUCCAUUCCUAA